AUGGCGACGAGAGUAGGACAGCAACAAGAAAAUGUGUCGGAGGAUAGUAUACUUCUACUAACGGGAAAAUUUCUCAAGACGUAUUGGAAAAUACUGUUCGCGGUGACGUGGGCAAUAUUUCUCUUACCGUUCUUUAUAGUCUACAACAUACCGGAAACUAGAUGCGCGUACACCAUACUACUGAUGGCUGGAUAUUGGAUCUCAGAGUGCUUUCCAAUGGCGAUUACGUCGUUGAUCCCGGUUGUGUUGUUUCCAUUGUUCGGAAUACUGAGCACAGCGGACACUUGCAGCUGUUACAUGAACGAUACCAUAAUGGUCUUCAUAGGAGGUCUAAUCCUCGCCGUAGCUACUGAGCAUAGCAAUCUCCACCUAAGGAUCGCUCUAGGAGUAAUGAAAACGGUUGGAUGCACCCACGGGAAAUUGCUAGGUGGCCUCUGCGCAGUAACCACUUUCAUAUCCAUGUGGGUUUCGAACACAGCUGCCACUGCCAUGAUGGUGCCUAUCAUAUUCGCGGUUCUCACCGAAUUGGAACAGGCUGGACUCUGCCGUGUCUUCGAAAAUAAGCUGGAUCCGGAGAAUCCCGGGAAAGAACCGGAACAGUACCCGACGAAAGUGACGAAAGCAUACUUGAUGGCAGCGGCGUACUGCGCAACUUUUGGCGGUACUGGAACGAUCGUGGGAACAGGGACUAAUCUUACGUUCAAAGGGAUUUACGAAAACACCUUCCCAAAUUCGGAGGGUAUUAACUUUACGCAGUGGAUGAUCGCCUCGAUGCCGCAAAUGAUCGUUAACACUAUUCUAACGUGGCUCUAUCUUCGCAUCGUCUUUAUGGGAUACCUCAGGCCGGGUAGCAAGGAUGCUCAACUGGCGACUAUUGGCGAAGAAGGCGAGGCAAUUACAAAUCGGGUGAUACAGGAAAGGUACAAAGAACUGGGAGGAAUAACAUUUCACGAAGCAUCCGUUGCCACUCUCUUUUUAUUCUGUAUAUUUCUCUGGAUAUUCCGAAAACCAGGCUUCGUUCAGGGAUGGUCCGAGGCGAUCACGGACAUAGCCGUCCGGGACUCAACGCCCGUCAUAUUAGUAUCCAUCCUAAUGUUUUUCAUUCCGAAGAAUUUAAAUUUCCUACGUAGCUUCGACAAAGAUCCCACAAACAGACCCAACGUAUCCUCCGAGGGUCUGAUCACGUGGGACGUAAUCCAGAAGAAGAUGCCUUGGAGUUUGAUGUUCCUAUUGGGCGGCGGUUUCGCGAUAUCCAGGGGCAGUAUCGCUUCAUGCCUGGCCAAGAGAAUGGGCGAAGCGUUGGUACCGUUGAAAAGCUUGCCUCCUGUUUUAAUUCUCUUCUUCGUCUCCCUGUUCGUGGGAACUAUAACCGAGUUCACUUCGAACGUUGGUAUCGCGAACAUUACUUUGCCGGUGGUCGCACAAAUGUGUGUCGCGAUGGAGAUGCAUCCGAUGUAUUUAAUGGUACCAGCCACUAUAAUGUGUUCGUACUCUUUUCGAUUACCGGUUGGUACACCACCGAACGCGAUCAUAACGGUCGUCGGACAUAUCCCGACGAAAUGGCUGAUGAUGGGAGGCUGCGGUCCUUCCCUCUACGCUAUCGUGGUCCAAGGAUUAUUCUUCAUCACUUGGGGCACUUUUAUCUACGACAUCAACGAAUUUCCAGCCUGGGCUAAAGAAAUCCAUUCGUCCGAUGCAAAUUCCAAGUGCAAUUAAAUUUUUUUCACUUUCUCACAUUUCUCCUAAGCUUGUUACACUUAUGUAUUUGUUAAAUAAAUUUUACCACAUUUGGAAUAUGCAUACACCGC